AUGGCUUGGCAGCUGGACUGCCCCGACCCCCUUGGCUCGGCAGCGCACGAACUGCUGCACCAGUUCCUGGGUGACCCCCUGCAGCAAACCCCUCGGCAAUCACCCCGCUUCCAGCCCGGCUUUGACUGGCCCUGGAAAUUACAGCGCUGGCUGCACCCCAGAGGCUGCCCCCACUCUGAGCACUACGCGAGCCACUGCGCCAUGUGGAGCUCACCGGUUUCCUUGUCUCCUGGUGUCUUUGAGCUUACAACCUGCAACAACUGGUGGAACUGGGAGAGUCCAAUAGACUUUGCCCAAUAUGUGGCCCUCCUGGGCAACGGCCUCAUCAUCAGCGCCGUAGCCUGUGGCCACCACCUGCACACGCCCAUGUUCUUCUUCCUGCUCAACCUGGCCCUCAGCGACCUGGGCUCCAUCUGCACCACUGUCCCCAAAGCCAUGCACAAUUCCCUCUGGGACACCAGGAACAUCUCUUACACAGGAUGUGCUGCUCAGCUCUUUUUCUUUAUGUUCUUCAUUGGAGCAGAAUUUUAUCUACUGACCGUCAUGUGCUACGACCGCUACGUGUCCAUCUGCAAACCCCUGCACUACGGGACCCUCCUGGGCAGCAGAGCUUGUGCCCACAUGGCAGCAGCUGCCUGGGCCAGUGACUUUCUCACUGCUCUCAUGCACACAGCCAAUGCAUUUUCCCUGGCCCUGUGCCAUGGCAAUGCCCUGGGCCAGUUCUUCUGUGAAAUCCCGCAGAUCCUCAAACUCUCCUGCUCCAAAUCCUACCUUAGGGAAUUUGGGCUGCUUGCUGUUAGUGCCUGUUUAUCAUUUGGUUGUUUUAUGUUCAUUGUUUUCUCCUAUGUGCAGAUCUUCAGGGCUGUGCUGAGGAUCCCCUCUGAACAGGGACGGCACAAAGCCUUUUCCACCUGCCUCCCUCACCCGGCCGUGCUCUCCCUGUUUCUCAGCACUGGCACAUUUGCCUACCUGAAGCCCCCCUCCAUGUCCUCCCCAUCCCUGGAUGUGGCAGUGACAGUUCUGUACUCGGUGAUCCCAGCCCCCCCUCGGAGCCUCUCAGCAAAACCGCGGCUCCUCUACCCGUCCCCCCCCCCCGCCGACUGA